AUGGCCACUACACCUGGAAAUAAGCAGUGGAGGCUGGACAGUUGCAUCCCGGGACGAGCUGCUGCAUGCGUAAACGUGUACAGUGCGCCUGGGCUCUUAAACAGGCAGGCUCGGGAAUUAGGAACUUUGAUUGAGGAACAAAUGUAUUCACACGCUCCGGUGUUCAUAAAUCGUGUGGUGUUCUUUUGUCGUCGGCGUGGUGACGUCGGAGCGCGGUCCGAAAUGAAAUCAGUUUCUUCGAGAAGAUAUCAAAAUGAGCCAUGGGCCAUUGGGCUGGAGUUCGAGUUCGCCGGUAUAACAAAGGGGGGUCUUCAUGCGGCACAUGCCAUCGUAUCGUCAGGGGGUGCCUGGACACGCGGCGUCCGGGAUGCAGUCUUCAACAACAACGAGGCCCAGUGGGCUGCCCGAUUAGCCCCCUUCAUCCGGGACUUCGGUCCUCAAAACUCGAGGGAUGGAGCGGUCUUGUGGAUACCGGCUACUGCAGGAAGAGAUGGGACAGAUGGCGGUCGGAGAGCUGGCAGGCUGGGAGACACAUAG